AUGACUUCGUUUCGGAAAGGGCUGGCCUGCGUGGCUAUUGUGUUGAAUGCAAUAUGGGCUGGUGGAAUAUUCACAUUUCCUCUGAUGUCCCCAAUCCUGGCAGAGCAUUCGAAGCUGAGCCAACCCCAAUUGACGACCAUUGUCCUCGCUGGCAUGAUGAGCCAAUACACCAUCGCAUCCGUCGUUGGAAAGGUCAUCGACACAUACGGGCCAGCAAUAUGCUCAUUGGUCGCUGCAAUGCUGUUCACGGGCGCCUACGCAGGCUUCUCGGUCCAGAUCUACUUCACUCCGGACGACCCUUCGCCCGAACAGUCAAAAGUGAUGUUCCAUAGAUUGUCUCUGUCAUUCUUGUGCGCAGGACUGGGAACGGUGUUUGCAUACUUCUCGUCGCUAUUCGCUGCCUCCAGGAUAUUCCCCAGACACAUUGGAGUCGCAUCUGGCACAAGCAUGGCUCUUUUCGGACUUUCUCCAUUGUUUCUUUCAGUCAUAGCCUCCCGCUGGUUCACAGAUCAGUCAACCGAAACCCUCAACGUCACCCGCUACACGGCCUUCCUUGCGAUAUCUUCAGCUGCGGUCUAUUUCUCAUCCGCCCUCUUCCUCCAUAUUAAUUCCGACGUUGAGGCAACUGCUGCAAGCCAGGCCGCAUCUUCAGACAUAGAGAAUAGAGACGCUGACGAGACUACUUCUCUCCUGUCGUCCAAUCGGAAGCCCCCUACUUAUCAAGAACAGUCGGUGCUUACACUACUCAAGAAAAGCGACUUCUGGCUUCUCGCAAUCUUUUGCGUGGUUACAUUGGGCACAUCUGAGAUGGUGAUAUCGAAUAUCGGUUCUAUCGUAGUAUCGCUUCCCCCUUAUUCUAUAGAGCGUACUGGAGAUGCCACGGCACAGGCCUUCACGGCUCGUCAAGUGAAGCUACUCUCACUGUCGAACACGAUUUCUCGCAUCUCUGUCGGUCUGCUCGCAGAUUUCAUCUCCCCUGUCGCCUCCUCGUUGCCCUCCGGUUUACAGGUAUUCCCUCGAAGGCACCGCAUCACUCGAGUCACAUUUUUGUCCUUGUCAUCCCUGAUACUCGCUUGGACGUUCUCAUGGGUUAGCAAACGGGCUGUAACUCGUGACGAUGUCUGGGUCCUAAGUGUCGGAACGGGCAUCGGCUACAGCUCUGUUUUCACUGUCCUGUAAGCCACUCCUUUAGUCAUCAAGUUUCCGUGCUGACCAUUCAAAAAAAUACAGCCCUAGUAUCGUCUCCUCCAUCUGGGGAAUGAAGAACCUCGGCCGCAACUUUGGCAUCAUGAUGUACGCACCGUUCGUGGGCAACCCCAUCUUCUCCUAUCUUUACGCAUUCGUCUCGGAGUCCCAUGCAAGUGAAGGAUCUAUGUGCAAAGGACGCAUCUGUUGGGAAGGGACCUUUGAAGUCAUCAGCAUUACUUGUAUUAUAUCUCUGCUAAUAUCCUUCGUCCUUUGGAGGCGCUGGAAGGACUAUCUCUGAUUAUUUAUGAUACCGUACAUAUGCUUUUCAUAAUCGCUGUGCUACAUCCCCUGUACUAGAUAUAAUCGCCUCAUUUCGAGGCUGGCAUUAUUGCAUCCACCAUAUUACCCC